AUGCCUACCCCCACAUCCCAGGGGAACCGCGUACACCCACCUCACCCCGACCUCCUUGUAUACCAGGAUUUUACAGUAACUACAUCCCAUGCUGACGACGACAAACCUCCAAGCAGCGAUCUUGCUAGCUCGAUCCACGCGCCAAACAACUCCAAAGGAGAUCACCUCAUGAGCGCCCCGCCAAGUCCCACCAUUAGACACGCACCAACCGCUGAAGAACAAGCUAUCCUAGACCAUCUAGCAUUGGCUGACAUGAACAGGUCUGUACUCAGCCAAAACGGCCAGACCAAUCGUGCAACCCUACCCCAAUUCACACCGGUACCCAAUGGGGGAUUCCCAGCAGUGCACAUGUCCCACUCGGCACAAAUAUUUGACCACCUCGACAACAGAGUCCUCCUCGCCUGGUUCCAAGUCAAACACCCUAAGUUCUUAGUACGGGUGUUCGACCACUCAGGAAAAGACGUAGCGGAACGUGCUGCCAUCCUUGCAGAACGCAUUCGCACUAGCAUAUCCACCAUCGCAGAGUUUGUCCAAAAAGAUGCUCCCCCCGUACGCGUCUCCCCUCCGCAACCCCAGGGAGGGAGAGAAGCGAAGCACCUCCCGACGGGUUUCCUGGUCCACAAAGUAACAGAAGAGACCAGGAACCUGAUCCUGAAUCAACGCAUCUGGUCUACCAUGGACCUCACGUUUGAAGCUCUCCCAUUCCACUGCAACCACCCCCCAGAACUACUGUUCUGUCUAUCCGGAUUCACGACCCUAGACUCUGAGACCAUCCUCCAGACCGUCAACGACACCUGGUCUCGCGAGGAAAACCGCUCCCACAUCGAAGAGCUUUUCUCCAAGUGCAGCCUCCCAGAUGGAGUGCCCACCUAUAUAGCCACCCAUAACUUUAUCGAGUCCGCCCGUGUUGAACUCCUCGAUUUUAAGAUAACGGGGGGCUAUCUGUCCCACGCUUUAAUGUCCUCGCUGCCAGUCCCACCAACGACGCUAAAACAUGGAUGA